AUGGGGCUGGACUACUACGCUGUGCUGGAGUUGGACCGCGGGGCCACCGCCGACGACAUCAAGAAGGCCUAUCGGACGUUGGCUCUGAAGUACCACCCGCUGAAAUGCAAGGAGCCAUGGGGCCCCAAGAGGUUCCACCAGCUGGCCGAGGCCUACGAUGUGCUCAGCGACCCUAUGAAGAAAGGUAUCUACGACAAAUUUGGGGAAGAGGGGCUCAAAGGUGGCAUCCCCUUGGAGUAUGCGAGCGACAACCCCUGGAGCGUGGGAUACGUGUUCCACAACAACCCUGAGAAAGUCUUCAGGGAGUUCUUUGGAGGGGACAACCCCUUUGCAGAGUUCUUUGCCGAGGAUGGCUCGGAGGUGCUGCUGCCCUUUGGGGGGCCCCGAGGCCGGGGGGCCCUGCGUAGGGACCCCCCCAUCGUGCGGGAUCUCUACGUGUCCCUCGAGGACCUGUUCCACGGCUGCACCAAGAAGAUCAAGAUCUCCCGCAGGGUGAUGAACGAGGACGGACAGACCAGCACCAUCAGGGACAAGAUCCUGACCAUUGACGUGCAGCCGGGAUGGCAGCGUGGCACCAGGGUCACCUUUGAGAAGGAAGGAGACCAGGGCCCAAACAUCAUUCCAGCUGACAUCACCUUUGUUGUCCAAGAGAAGCUUCACCCAAGGUUCAAAAGGAUCGAGAACAACCUCCUUUACGUUGCCAACAUCUCCCUGGCAAAGGCACUGACUGGAUGCACCCUGGAUGUGUGGACGCUGGAUGGGAGGCUGCUGAACAUCCCCAUCAACGACAUUGUGGACCCCACGUACUACAAAAAGGUGCCCGGGGAGGGGAUGCCACUGGCGCAGGAUCCGCAGCGCAAGGGGGACCUCUACAUCUACUUCGACAUCAUCUUCCCCAAGAGGCUCAGCCCUGAGGUGAAAAAACUCCUGAAAAGCAUCCUGCAGCCCUAGGGACAGGGACCUUCCCCCUCUCCACCUCGCCCUUA